AUGGCCGUGGCCAUGUGCGAGGCCGGUCACCUCUUGUGCGCCGCCUGCCGCGGCGACCGCUGCGACGAGGGCCACUGCCGCAGGUGCGGCAGCGCCGCCGCCUUCGCCCACUGCGGGCCGGAGUUGGACCUGUACGUCGGCGACGCCAGGGUACCGUGCCCCUUCAAGGCGUACGGCUGCGACCGCUCCGUCGUGUACCACGCCACGGCGGCGCACCAGGACGCGUGCGCCUACGCGCCCUGCCACUGCUCGGUGCCCGGGUGCCCCUUCAUGGCUUCCCCGCCGAGGCUCCGUGACCACCUCGCCUUCGACCACGCCUGGCCCCUCGACAGGCUCCCGGGCUACGGCAAGCCCCUCCCGCUUUGCGUGCCCGCGGCGGGGCCGCACCGCCUCCUGGUCGUGGAGGGGGACGAGCGCCGCCUGUUCGCGCUGUCCGUGCGCCCGCGCGGCGCGGCCAGCCUCGCCGUGUCGGUGUCGUGCGUCCGGACGGCCGCCGCUGCCGGGGCCGGGGCGCGGUUCACGUGCAUGCUCUGGGCGCAGGCGCCGGCCGCGCCGGGAACGCCCGCCGGCGGCACGGGGCGGCGCCUGAUGAUGGAGGCGGACGUCGCGAGCUGCGCGGUGCCCGGCGGGACCGCCGUCGAGGAGGGGAUGGCGCUGUACGUGCCGCCGCCGAUGCUGCGCGGGCCGGCCAAGGAGAUGCACCUCAGGGUCUGCAUCGACGUGGUCGAUCCGACUCUGGCCUCGCUUCGCUCUGCUAACGCAGCAUCUCGCAAAGCUUAG